AGCGCUGUAACUUUUCGCCAAUGGCACGGGGCCCCUUUCGCGCCCAGGAACGAGUAUAAACAGGGCAGCUCCGGGCGCUUCAACUCCAAUUCAAGUCGAAACCAAAAUUUUCUGUGCAUCAUGUCUGGACGCGGGAAGCAGGGCGGCAAGGCGCGCGCCAAGGCCAAGACGCGCUCGUCGCGGGCCGGCCUCCAGUUCCCGGUGGGGCGCGUGCACCGCCUGCUGCGCAAGGGCAACUACGCCGAGCGCGUCGGGGCCGGCGCGCCCGUGUACCUGGCGGCCGUGCUGGAGUACCUGACGGCCGAGAUCCUGGAGCUGGCGGGCAACGCGGCCCGCGACAACAAGAAGACGCGCAUCAUCCCGCGCCACCUGCAGCUGGCCAUCCGCAACGACGAGGAGCUCAACAAGCUGCUGGGCAAGGUGACCAUCGCGCAGGGCGGCGUCCUGCCCAACAUCCAGGCCGUGCUGCUGCCCAAGAAGACCGAGAGCCACCACAAGGCCAAGGGCAAGUGAAGUGGAAGAUUUGAGUCUUUCUCUACCUUAACCAAAGGCUCUUUUCAGAGCCACCCAUGUUCUCACUAAAAGGGCUUGCUUUUUCCGUAUUGUAGCAGCUGCUUGAAAAAUGACUUUAGUUCUGGCUUGUGUGGCUCAGUGGACUGAAUGCUGGCCGACGAACAAAAUGAUUGCUUUUUCAGUUCCAGCUAGGGGACAUGGUUAGGUGUCCGGACAGAGUCCCAGUUGCCGGGUGAGAGGCAACCAGAAGUUGACGUUUCUCCCUUUUUUCCUUCCCUUCUCUAAAAAUAAAAUUUUAAAGACCUUGACUGUAGCUCACCGAUGUCAGUACUUAAGUACC